AUGAAUAUCAAUCGAGAGGAGCGGCUGCAAAUGCGGCAGCGCGGAGCAGCAUCACGUAAGACCAAAGAUAUUAACUUCGGCUUUUCGUUUGGGUUAGCUCCUGCGCUGGAUGAACCUUCAGACUCCGCGUCGCGACCGGAAGACGCUGGCAUUGCUAUUGGGCCUUCUGUCUCGCUCCCAGAACCGCCAACAGCGAUACGGCCAACAAUCACAGAGACUCCAGUAAUAGCAGACGAAGCUGCGGAGAAUGCAUUGCCGCCUGUACCAUCAGAAGGGGAGCUUUCGACAUCCCAGGACCAAGGAGCCGCUCAACGGACGCGACAAAGCCCGCGCAACAAAUCCAAACCUCAACCACCUCCGUCGAAGAGCCCAUCGCAAGAUACAACGGAAGAUGGCCCAAGCCGGAAGAUAAGGAAAAUUAAUCAUCCUAGGAGCUCGCCCACGGUCUCGGUCGCUGCGCACGGUGAUAACGACUCGUCUUCCCUCGCCAAUGGAACCGUCACGAUUGAAACUGCCCAAACGGUUGAAGAAUCACUAAUUGUAGCCGAAUCUGUCGUCGAAUCUGCCCCCGAACCUGCCCCCGAACCGGCUCCUGAACCCUCGCUCGAGAAAUCAGCAUCGCCAGCCGCGCCGGAGGCAAUAUAUACAGCACCCAAUGGCCUGGUAUCUGAGCAGUUCCCUCAAGAGAAUGCGUUAGGGUCAAUCGUUACGGAGAAGCUGCCCCCGAAGUCGAAAACAGCAUCACGCAAAGCGAACGGGACACCAUCACCGCCGGGUAGGAAGGCUAGAGGCAAACGCAAGAGACAAGGAUCUCAGGAGAAUGAAGGGUCGUCGCCCACUACAGCCAGUUCUGAGACGGGUGAUGCACCGACCAAUCAGGUAGCGGAACCAAUGGAUCUAUCGAUGGAUGUACAGCCGGAAACUACAGAACCCCCGACGACAGCUGUGUCGGGUUCCGCCGAAUCGUCAAACGACACUGCACUACCAGGUGUUCCUCAACCGACCGAGGCCAUUGAGCCACAAGCGGCUGUCGAUCCCCAAGAUACGACUCACCCCCAAACAAACACCGAACCUCAACCUACGACGAAGCUUUCGAGACUCCCUAUUUCUUCGCGAACAAAGCGACAACGAGGUGAACGAGCGGCAUCUGUUCAACCAUCUAUCACCACGAUUAAGGAACCUCGAGUGGCUAGGGCGGGCUCAGCAGAAAGCGCACCCACUCAAGUUAAGGAGAAUAAGAGGGUCGGAACCCGGAUCGAUGAUGUCUCUGAACCGACAGAUGGCGCUCCCAUCACGGACGAGAAGUCAGAAAAUCAGGGCAUGGAACUUGACGCUCCAGAAGAGGGAGAGGUGCGUGUUGCGGGGCAGAAGGGAGCCCGCGAAAAACGCCCGCAACACUUGGAAAUGGCGGAAUCAAAACCGAAGCGCGCUGGUCGCCCUGGAAGAAAAGUUUUGCCAUCUCUCAAGGAAGUGGUAGAGGAGGAAGAGCCGGCUCCUCUCGAGGAGGCACAGGAGGAGGUGCAGGGGCCUGCAAAGUCAGAGCCACAACCAAAAGCAAGAGGACGAAGACCAAAGGCAUCUGGGCCACAGCCAGUUGAACCAAAGCAAAGUCAACAAGAGACGCAAUCUCUGGAGGCCCAGCCCCUACCUACAGAGGUGCAACCGAGGCCUAGAAGACGGAGACAGAAGCCAACAGAGUCAGAGCCUGUACAUUCAGACCGAGAACAGGAGGAACCUGCGGAGCCUGCGGAGGCUGAGGCGGAGGCUGAAACAGCCCCCAAACCGAAGCCCAGAGGGCGGAGGGCAAAGGCAACGGAACCGGAGCUGGAGCCAGCACAAACGGUGCCAGAGCCAGCAAUGUCUGAAUCAAGGCACAGAGGGCGAAGGGCAAAGACAGCCGAACCGGAGCCGGUAGAGCAAGAGCCAGCCGUGCCCGAACCGAGACUGAGAGGGCGGAGGGCACGGACCGCAGAGCCUGAGGUCACGCAACCCGAGCCACAAUCGGAAGGGCCAGAACUAGCAGUAUCGAAGCCUAGAGGGCGAAAACAAAGGACAGUUGAGGCGGAGGUAGUACAACCUGAGCCGAAGUCGGCAGCGCAUGAACCAGCUAAGGCAGCGCCGAAGCCCAGAGGGCGGAAGGCGAGAGGAGCUCAAUUGACAGAGCAGAAACCAGCUGAAGUUUUGCCCGAACCUGAAUUGAUAGAGCCAGAGCGUGCACAGCCAGAACCAGAACCAGAACCAGAACCAGAGCCUCAACAAGAGCCCGUUGAACCUCGAUCUAGAAAACGCGGUCGUGGCAGGCACUCAGCAGAGAGCGCCGGCGUUAACGCGACACGGGAAGUAGACAGCGCCGCAGCGGAAGGCGAGGGCAGCGCAGAGCCACAGCCUCGUAAACGCAAGCCCAGACAACCUCGCGGCGAGACUGUGCCGGUUACGGUGCACCGUCUCGCGAACGUCGCUGCUCUAGGUGGCGACCCUACACUGCUGGAGUCUUCUGACGAGGAGGGCGAGAUAGCGGAUCCGCCGUCUGAUAGACAACAGGCCAAACUUCCCAACCGAGGCGGAGUCAACGUGGCAGACGUACUGGGCCAGAUUUGCCGCGAGACGCUGGAGAAGACGCUCACCACGUUGACAAACGGCAUUGACGGCGAGGGUAACGCCGCUCGGCGCGCUGAAUGGACGCGCAAGAAGAAAGUGGUCGAGGCGUAUGGCAGCGAGCUAGAAGGCCGUCUGCUCGAGUUGAGUGAGAUGCUGGACGGCAAUUUCAUGCUUGGGGUGAAGAUGCGGAAAGCCAAGCGGGAAAUGAUGGAGUAUCGAAGUCGGCUGUACCAAGUACGGAAGGAGAGAGAGGCCGUUGCGUUGCAAAUGGACGCCGUGCGGAGGAAGCAUGCCGAAGAUGAAUCCGCAAGAAAGGCCCGCUCCACGAUCAACAACUCCCUCCACAGUCUCGACCUUGCUCUUGAGCGAAGUCAGACCCGCCCGGCUGAUCCCGAUGAGACAUCUACUGAUUUAGGUGGGAUGGAGUUUCUGCUCCGCAACGUCGCGGAGACGGUCAGUUCCGCCGCGCCCGGAGGCCAGGGCGGGCUCUUACAUCAACUUCGGUCCUUCAACGCGCAGCUUGAAGCUACGGCACGGAGGUUGGAGAGUUGAGUAUUUUCGGUUUACCAUACCUUUCCCAACAUUUCGUUUGGGGAUGCCACCCAUUGGCGUCGACUUCUUUCAUUGUGUUACCAUCUACGAUGCGAAUGGUGCAUCUUUACACUAUCGUCGCUCGUUUUGCUCUUUCUAUUGAUCCAAUACCCAAUCACAUGAACACUGCGACCGGAGUUAAGGGGUUAUUUCGGAAGGGAUCGUUGGAUUAUUUGAUGAUGAAUGGAUACCUAACAACGACCAUGUACUAUCAUAACUAG